UUUUCGUUUUCAUUACAGGCCGAUGGCAAGAUGGUGUAUGAUGUCGUCUCACGUAUGGAAGACACAGAGCCGUUUUCAGAAGAGCUCACAUUGGCCAUGAAGCGAUUGUGGGCCGAUUCGGGAGUUCAAGAGUGUUUCGGUCGGUCCAAUGAGUACCAGCUCAAUGAUAGCGCCAAAUACUUUUUGGAUGAUUUAGAUCGCUUGUGCAAAAAAGACUACAUGCCUACUGAACAAGACAUUCUCAGAACUCGUGUCAAAACGACUGGAAUUGUAGAAGUCCAUUUCUCCUUCAAGAAUUUAAAUUUCAAAUUAUUUGAUGUUGGUGGUCAGCGUUCCGAAAGGAAAAAAUGGAUUCAUUGCUUUGAAGAUGUGACGGCGAUCAUCUUCUGCGUAGCAAUGAGUGAAUAUGAUCAAGUCUUACACGAAGACGAGACCACCAACCGAAUGCAAGAGAGUCUGAAGCUUUUUGAUUCCAUCUGCAACAACAAAUGGUUCACAGACACUUCGAUCAUCCUCUUCCUCAACAAAAAAGAUCUCUUCGAAGAAAAAAUCAAGAAGUCUCCUCUUACUAUUUGCUUCCCAGAAUACACCGGUGCACAAGAAUAUGGAGAGGCAGCUGCCUAUAUACAGGCUCAGUUUGAAGCUAAGAACAAAUCCACUACAAAGGAAAUUUACUGCCACACGACAUGCGCCACGGACACAACUAACAUCCAGUUUGUGUUUGAUGCCGUCACCGAUGUUAUUAUCGCCAACAACCUCAGGGGAUGUGGCCUCUAUUGAAAUUGCUUCAUUUGCUCAUCCCCUUCUGCUCCCCUCCUACGGCUUAUCUUACACCUCGCAGGUCCACUUGCCCUUAAAUUUACAGUUCUUCCCUCUCCCGCCUGAAGAAUGAAAGUUUUGAGUUUCAUGCUUUAACUUUUAUUUUCUAAUGAUUAACCCAAUCUGUUUCCGUCAUUCACUGCCUACUUUUUGUUUCCAAACACCUGCCAUCUCUAGCAUCUGAUUUAUUUCAUUUAUUAUCUCCCUCUGUUUUCUAAUUUUUCAAAAGAUCUUCGACCUCCUGUAGCUCGAUUUUCUUUGUUUUGAACCUAUGUUUCAUACGCAUUUAAACGAUCUGUUUCUUUUCGAUUAGUUUUCAUUUUGUUUCUUGUUUCAACUUUUUCUCUCCCCACCCACCCACCUAAACCUUUUCAUCAGCCUUCUCUAACCAGAUAUCUUUCCUUUCCUUGAUUCUCAGCAUCGUUUUCCUGUAAUGGAUUCAGACCUUUGUAUAUCCUUCGCUUUUUAUAUCUGCUUUCGAAAGUAUACACCUUCAUCUUUGAGGGCUUUGCCUUUUGGUGUAUUUUGUUGCUGCACAAUGUAAUUUUGAAAUUUUGGCUAUUAUACCUUUAUGAAAAGAAAAAGCCGAGGUGAAUGAAGUUUCUUACAUAUUCCUAAGCCAACAUCCGUAUUUUCCGAUUAAUUGUGCACAACAUUUUAUUUUAUUUUAUUUUAUUUUAACCCCAAUUGUGCAUUUUGGGACAAGGCAUGGAUGAGUGCGACCCUGCACGUAUAAUUAGAUUGAUUGCAAAUGCAAAAUACUCGCAGAUGCAUUGGCCAUAUCUUCGCCAAAAGCGAUCCACCACGCUUCAAACUCGGAGAAUAUAAAAUGUUCAAAACUCUUGGCCGCAAACCCCGUUUCUUUUAAUGUUGAAUUCAAUUUCAAAUUCCAAUUGCAUUUAGGAUCGCCAUUUCGGUCAAUAAUGUUUUCCGAACUCAGCGAACGUCGAAUGCAUAAUGAAUAUGUAUUUAGAAUGAAAGAAUUUACAAAAAGACUCUGUCGCAGGUUUCGAGCCCCAAACCUGUGAUGUGACUUUUUGUGGCAUGUGUCAAGCAGAAAGGACAGAAAAUUUCACUAUUUGUACGUUCAUCUUAUCGUUCGUUUGUUGUAUUGAGCAUUGAAGAUGGUAUUUCGUGUAGUUCUGGUGAUGCAUUUCAACUUUGCAUUGCCUAUAUUAUUUGUUUACUAUGUUUCAUUUUGUGAACAUUGUGUAACUUAUAUACAUGUAUCUAUCAUGUUAAAAAAGAAGAAAACUAGUUCAGUUGUUGCCACAGCUACACUUGUGGCAACAACAUAGUGAAUGCCAUCACCAACUAAGUCUGCCGAUAUCUCAAUUCCGCGUCGGCAGAAUCUUCAUUAACUAUGGAACAUUUCGACGACCAAAUCUGUCACUUCAGCCACCUUUCAAAGGAGAAAACAGUUUGAAUACCUAGAUAGCAGAGAAAAAUGACUUUUAAAAAAAUCUACAAAUAUUUCUCCAUUUUGACAAAGAACAUUAAUCGCACCCACCAGUGUUCUCGAGCAACAUAGUUAAGGUUCAGAACUCUAUGAAACACAAAAAAAAAAAGUGAUGGAUACAGAGAAAACUGGAUGACAUUGUUGUAUUGACGUAAUGUAUGUAUUGUCCUUUGAAUGCUAUACGGAUUCUUGUUUAUGUAAUGGAGGUAUCUUCUGAAGCAACAGUUGAUAUCUUAGGCUCUUUUGUUGUUCUUCUGUCUUGCGUUCUGCCCAUGUUGGUUUUAAUAAGAUUUAAACAUCGCUGGAUUAAUUAAAAUCCAAUAUUUGUCUCAAGCCGCAUAAGCGGCAGUCCCGUACGCUGGAAGUUUCCGCGAACACAUUUAUUCUAUCUCAUGGAUGAAUGCUUUCUUCCCUAAUACACAUAAUCCGCACUUUCCCCAAGAUACUAGUCAUGAAGUAAUGCUUUAAUACUUUUAUCUUCCUUCGACUUCAGCAGUCUGCGCAUAUGGCGUAUGGUAUUUAAUCCUAUUUAUGGCCAAUUUCAACAGCUGAGAAAGACUUUUUAUAAAAAAAAAUUGUAGUUUUAGUUGAAAUUAAGAGGAAGCAAUUCAGUUUUUUUAUUUCUACUCAAAAAUCCUAAGUAUAUAUUUCUAUAACAUAAACCCUCACAAAAUAAUAAUAAAAAAACUUUGAAUAAUUAAAAACGCGGCAUUUUCUGCAAGCACCAAUUUUUGUGCAUCAUUUCGAAUUCCAGUGCCAUUAUUUACCAUAUCCGAUUUAAUGCUGCUGAAGGUGUUGGAGAUUCUAAAUGAUAUUCAGUCAUCCAAUCAAAUGCGCAUCAAGUAAACUCUGAAAUCGGAUACGAGCAGAAUGCUGGCACUAGUUUUCAACUUCACUAAACCUCUUUUAUGUUUUUCUGGUAUGCAGUAUCUGCAAUUUUAACACGAAAAAUAAAGUAAAAUUUUCCGAAACGUUAGUUCGCACCGGACGAGCUACGGAGUAGAGUUACUGAAUGGUUAGGUAUAAUCUGGUAAAUGAUUGACAGUUGAAAUCUGUUUAAUAAACAAAUUGCGUUCUGCAUCAUAGACCGUUGUUCAGAAAAGCAAAAGAAAGGUAAAGAAGCCUAUUCGUAUCUUGCGGUGGCUGAAUUGCAAAUUUAUUGAUGUGCUCUUGUGUUUGGCCUUUUUACAUUGCCAAACCAGCCACUGUGAGAUAAUUGUUUGCCUCUUGUAAACGUGUAUAUAUCGCAGCGUAGGAGGUUAAGUUUCCUAUUUAUAUACUGAUCUACAAUUCGUGAAUUUUCUGUAUGUUUCUUUUUCGUUUUCAAGGUUGCCUCUGAUGCUCAAAGUUCUCUCCAGUUUCAGAGAGUCUCCCGUAGACAACACAAGGAUUUUUAAGAUCGAGGGAAGUGGAAAGAUCAAUUUCCGUGCUUUUUUAUUCCAGGUUUGGGUGCUUCGACAUUUCUUGUAAGCUCCUUUUAAAACCUGGAAUCUUAAUUCACCCUAACCCCUGUAAACUGAUCUUAGGAAUUUUUUUCUGGGAUCGAAGUCGCUGUAUAACGUUGUCACCUGUUGCAUCAUUUCCUGUCUUGCAAAGAAGCCAUGGGAUGAUUGAUUGAUUUAAUGCUAAUUCAUUUUGAUGUACAUGCAAGCCUAUAGUUUUGUGCAAUAACGUAAGGCUGAUUAUCGAUGUCAUUGUGAAUAGCGAUUUAAACAGUUGUAUAACUUAUAAGGCAAAGCGGGGACAGGGAAUUGUUGGAUCUGCUUUGCCUUAUUUUAUCUGUACGUCUAUUAAAAGAAUUUCUAAUCACAAA